CUGUCAGCCCAGGGCCGGCUGCCCCGACACAGAGGCUCCGUGCCCCUGGACUGCGGGCUCCCGCACCUGCAGCGCCCUGCCACUCUCAUAGCUCCGUGUGGGUGACUGACCCAACGUGGGGAAUGCCAAGAACCUCAAGUCCUGCAUAUCACCCGCCUGUCUUCUGCAAGGAGCCUCUGCUGAGGGAAGGGGUGGGGGAUCUCUGCUAACAAUGGGUCCUAGAGGCAGGCAGCUCAUGGACUUCUAAACUGAGUAACUGGCAGGAGCAGGUCCCAAGGAUGGUCUGUGUGCCGGGUCCUGAGGCUGUGACAAGUGCCCACUCUUUUCUGGGAUGGGUUCUUGAGGGCAGGUUUCUCAGUGGGGCAUCUGGUUUGGUGGAUGUCACUGCGGGUAAAGGGAGAUUUCUCUGCAACGUGGGUAGUUUCUCUAGGUGAAUCUUGAGAGGAGUCUUUGGGGAGGGUCCCUGGUUGGGUCUGGGGGAGUCUCUGGGGCAAGAUCAGGUCAUCUCAGUCAGCUGGAUGGGACUGUGUCAGCUCUCCAGAUGGAGGGCUUCUGUGUGUGCUGGCGGGGAUGGUCUAAGUACAGGAGGUCUGAGUGGGUGAUCGGAGCCUCCCUGCCUUUUCUGCACAGGCAUGACGGACGGUCCUCGGUCGGAUGUGGGCCGCUGGGGCGGGAACCCCUGGCAGCCCCCCCCCACACCUUCUCCAGAGCCAGAGCCAGAGCCAGACAGAGGGUCUCGUCGAGGAGGCCGUUCCUUCUGGGCUCGCUGCUGUGCCUGCUGCUCCUGCCGAAACGGGACAGAUGAUGACUGGGGCCCGGAGCCCCAUGGAGACCGAGGCUCCAGGGGUCGAGGGUCCAGCUCUGGGAGUCGAAGACCGGACUCCCGGGGCUCAGAUUCCCGCCAGCCUGGCUCCCGGACCGGCGGUGUGAACGCAGCUGGAGAUGGUACCAUCCGAGAGGGCAUGCUGGUGGUGACCGGUGUGGAUCUGCUGAGUGCACGGUCAGACCAGAAUCGCCGAGAGCACCACACAGAUGAGUUUGAAUACGACGAGCUGAUUAUACGCCGUGGACAGCCUUUCCACAUGGUCCUCCACUUCUCUCGGCCCUAUGAGUCCUCCGAUCGUGUCGCCCUGGAGCUGCUUAUUGGAAACAACCCUGAGGUGGGGAAGGGCACCCACGUGAUCAUCCCAGUGAGCAAGGGGGGCAGUGGAGGCUGGAAAGCCCAGGUGACUAAGGCCAGCGGGCAGAAUCUGAACCUCCGGGUGCACACCUCCCCCAGCGCCAUCAUCGGCAAAUUCCAAUUCACCGUCCGCACACGUUGCGAGGCUGGCGAGUUCCAGUUGCCCUUUGACCCCCACAACGAGAUCUACAUCCUCUUCAAUCCCUGGUGCCCAGAGGACAUCGUGUAUGUGGACCAUGAGGAUUGGCGACAGGAGUAUGUGCUUAAUGAGUCCGGGAGAAUUUACUAUGGGACAGAAGCCCAGAUUGGCGAGCGGACCUGGAACUAUGGGCAGUUUGAUCAUGGGGUGCUGGAUGCCUGCCUGUACAUCCUGGACCGGCGGGGCAUGCCAUAUGGAGGCCGUGGGGACCCCGUCAGUGUCUCCCGGGUCAUCUCUGCCAUGGUGAACUCCUUGGAUGACAAUGGGGUCCUGAUUGGAAACUGGUCUGGUGAUUACUCUCGAGGCACCAACCCUUCAGCGUGGGUGGGCAGCGUGGAGAUCCUACUCAGCUACCUACGCACUGGCUAUUCUGUUCCCUAUGGCCAGUGCUGGGUCUUCGCCGGCGUGACCACCACAGUGCUGCGUUGCCUGGGCCUGGCUACCCGCACGGUCACCAACUUCAACUCAGCACACGACACAGACACAUCCCUCACCAUGGACAUCUACUUUGAUGAGAACAUGAAGCCCCUGGAGCACCUGAACCAUGAUUCUGUUUGGAACUUCCACGUGUGGAACGACUGCUGGAUGAAGAGGCCAGAUCUGCCCUCGGGCUUCAGUGGGUGGCAGGUGGUGGACGCCACACCCCAGGAGACCAGCAGCGGCAUCUUCUGCUGUGGCCCCUGCUCUGUGGAGUCCAUCAAAAAUGGCCUGGUCUACAUGAAGUAUGACACACCCUUCAUUUUUGCCGAGGUCAACAGUGACAAAGUUUACUGGCAGCGACAGGAUGAUGGCAGCUUUAAGAUCGUGUAUGUGGAAGAGAAGGCCAUUGGCACGCUCAUCAUCACAAAGGCCAUUGGAUCCAACAUGCGGGAUGAUGUCACCCACAUCUAUAAACACCCAGAAGGCUCAGAAGCAGAGCGGAAGGCAGUGGAGACAGCAGCCGCACAUGGUAGCAAACCUAACGUGUACUCCAGCCGCGACUCGGCGGAAGAUGUGGCCAUGCAGGUGGAAGCCCAGGACGCAGUGAUGGGGCAGGACCUUGCGGUCUGUGUGGUGCUGAGCAAUCGCGGCAGCAGCCCCCGCACCGUGAAGCUUCACCUCUACCUCUCGGUCACCUUCUACACCGGGGUCACGGGGCCUGUCUUCAAGGAGAGCAAGAAGGAAGUGGUGCUGGCUCCAGGGGCCACGGACCGCGUGUCCAUGCCUGUGGCCUACAAGGAAUACCGGCCCCACCUCGUAGACCAAGGGUCCAUGCUGCUCAACGUCUCAGGCCACGUCAAGGAGAGCGGGCAGGUGCUGGCCAAGCAGCAUACCUUCCGUCUGCGCACCCCAGACCUUUCUCUCACAUUAUUGGGGGCAGCCGUGGUUGGCCAGGAGUGCGAAGUACAGAUUGUCUUCAAGAACCCCCUGCCUGUCACCCUCACCAACGUCGUCUUCCGGCUUGAGGGCUCCGGGCUACAGAGACCCAAGAUCCUUAAUGUGGGGGACAUUGGCGGCAACGAGACAGUGACACUGCGCCAGAAGUUUGUGCCUGUGCGACCAGGCCCCCGCCAGCUCAUCGCCAGCUUGGACAGCCCACAGCUCUCCCAGGUGCAUGGUGUCAUCCAGGUGGACGUGGCUCCGGCCCCUGGGGGCGGGGGCUUCUUCUCAGACGCUGGAGGCGACAGUCACUCAGGGGAAACCAUCCCUAUGGCAUCUCGAGGUGGGGCUUAGCCCCUGGCCAGGAGUGAUGGGACUGGAGUCAGAUGAGCAAGGACAUUGCCUCAAGUCAGGAGCCUACUGCAGAGCUGCUCCCCAGAGGCUCAGGUGGGGAGGCCAGGGCAUCUGGGCAGGGAGCCAAGCUUCACUUGCACGGGCAGCACAAAUGCUAAUAAACUGUUUUUUAAUGAACUGUUUUUCAUGAAACC